UAAGGCGAGCAGCAGAAGGAGGAGGAGGAGGCGCACGAUCAUCGGCCAUUCUCGCCUUGUACAAAAACUCAUUUUCGGCGUCGGUUGUUGCGCUGAGUAAACAAGCGCCGCCCGGUGCUCGAACGAUCCAUCGCAACGCGCCGGGCUCGAUUGACACUGUCUGCUGAUCUGCGUGCUGUCUUGCCCAUCGCUCGCAAUAACAAGGCUGCUCGCUAAUUCCCCCGUGCGAAGAGCCUCCAAAAAAAGCCCACAGCCGCCGGUGCCAGCAGCCCGCUAUGGCUUCGGGAGACCUUUACGAGGUGGAGCACAUUGUGGACAAGAGGCGAAAUAAGAAGGGAAAGUGGGAAUACCUAAUUAGAUGGAAGGGCUAUGGAAGUAAAGAGGACACCUGGGAGCCAGAGCACCACCUACUGCAUUGCGAGGAGUUCAUUGAUCGCUUCAACAGUUUGCAACUCCAUUCUGACAAACAGCCCAAAAUUCCCAAAAGUACGACCAAUGGCCACCCAGCAGCCAUAGAAAACCCCAGAGCUCGGUCUGAAGCACGAAAGAAGAAAAGCAAUAGUGAGACAGCUAUCGGUGUUCAAGGAGGAACUGUUCAAGGGAUUGGAAGUAGAGGCUUAGGACAUGUUCACAAACCGGUGAAUGUGGGCAUACAAGACAAAUUGGGCAAAGCCAUGACGUUUAAAACUCCGCAAAUAGGAGCCACUCGCUUUGUGGCCCAAGUGAGAGAACCUCAUAAUGGACUCUUGAAUGGAGAUGUGGAGCCACAUGUUUACAGGACAGCUUCAAGGUCACACAGAGCAUCCUCAAACAGAGUGGAUGGAGAUCUGGAUGAAAUAGAUACGACUGACUUGGGCUCCCCUCUGGCCAAUGGUAAAAUGCAUCUGCACAGCUCAGUAAAACGCAAGCUGGCAGAGAACAAGUGCUACGUGUUUGACAAGCGGCUCAGGUACAACGUACGACAGAACGAGAGCAACUGUCGAUUUCGGGACAUCGUAGUCCGGAAGGAGGAGGGUUUCACGCAUGUCCUUCUUUCCAGCCAAACAACGGAUAACAAUGCUCUGACACCAGAGAUCAUGAAGGAGGUGUGUCGGGCUCUCGGUAAUGCAGCGGCCGAUGACAGCAAACUGUUAUUGCUCAGCUCUGUGGGGACUAUCUUCUGCAGUGGGUUAGAGCCAUCCUACCUGAUAGGCCGUCUGUCCACCGACCGCAGGAAAGAGAGCAGUCGCAUUGCAGAUGCUGUAAGGGACUUUGUGUUGGCAUUCAUACGCUUCAAAAAGCCCAUAGUGGUGGCAAUCAACGGGCCUGCCCUGGGCUUGGGGGCUUCUAUCCUGCCCCUGUGUGAUGUGGUUUGGGCCAGUGAGAGAGCCUGGUUCCAGACUCCCUGUGCAGCGCUUCACCUCACCCCCUCUGGCUGCUCCUCUUAUACUUUCCCGCAAAUCCUCGGUGUGGCUCUGGCCAAUGAGAUGCUGUUCUGUGGUAGAAAGCUGACAGCACAAGAAGCGUGCAAUCGAGGUCUGGUGUCACAGGUAUUCUGGCCAACCACAUUUAAUCAGGAAGUGAUGCUGCGUGUGAAGGAGAUGGCGACGUGCAAUGCCGUGGUUUUAGAAGAAUCCAAAUGCCUGGUUCGGAGCAUCCUCCUGCGUGUUCUGGAGGAAGUGAAUGAGAAGGAGUGUCAGAUGUUAAAGCAGCGUUGGUGUUCAACCAAAGGACUGGAGGCCCUCUUCAGCUACCUACACAACAAAACGUAUGAGAAGUGACCUCAAACUAAAGAUAGAGUUUGAUGUAGGCCUUUGUUUCCGUCCAUCAGCAGAGAACAAGCCCGGGGUUGAGUUUGCUUCCAACAAGUUGUUCUGGAUCAGGUUGAUAAAAGAGAGUUUUAAAUUGGACCAUCCAGAUGUUGCAUGUCCUUUCAAGAGGUCUAAGGGACCAAAAGUGCUUUAGUUUCAUAUAGUGUAAACAGGGCUCUCGGGGGAAGCUACAGUGUGUUCUGUACCAAUGUGAGAAACAAUCCAGAUUAAGGGGGAAAAAAUUGUCUGAUUGCAUAUGACAAAGUGAUUUUAUAUAUAUAUAUAUAUAUA